CGCGCCCACGGGCCAAUGAUAUUCGCGGGGAUGGGCAAAGGGGCGGGGUUCAGCGGCCGGCAGUGCGGCCGGACCGGAAGUUGGUGCCGGACCGGAAGUGGCGCCGGGCGCGUGGGGGCGAUGGGGAUCGGAGGCAAAAUCAACCGGCCCCGAACGGAGCUGCGCAAGAAGCUGUUCAAGCGGCGGCGGGAGCGGGCGCGGGGGCGGCGGCAGAAGCGGCGGUCGCUGUCGGUGCCCGCGGUCCCGGCCCCGGUGUGGGGGAAGCGGCUGCGGAAGGAGCUGAAGCGGCUGCGGGGGGCGUCGCGGAGGGCGCUGAAGGCGGCGGCGAGCGAGGCGAAGCGGCCGCGGGAGGAGCCGGGGAGAGCGAGCUGCGACGUGGAGAUGGCGGAGUGAGCCCGGGGCCGCCCCGGUGUCACCGGGGCCACCGACUCACCGCGCCGGGCCCUGCCCGGUGCCCCCGGUGCUCUCCCC